GGUUCAUAGGGAACCAUAUUCUGAAUAACACAUCAAAAAAAAAAAGAUGAGCUUUUUAAAAGCGCAUAAAAUAAGUAGAGGAAGAAAGUGAUAAAUCAGUUAUUAAAUAAUUUAGAUGAGCUGGCGACAUUUGUAUGGUUGGUGAAAGGAAUGAUUUAGUGGUUGACUAAAAGUCGUUGGACACCUAUCAGUAUAAUUUUCACGGAGCCGCUAUAUACUCGGUGGCGUUUCGGGUCGGGCCGGGUCAAACCGGUUAACGAUAUCAGAGAAAGUCUUCUUAAUGGCUCCAACGAUUACGACGACGACGACGACGAUGGCACCAACCUACACAUCAAUUCCGAUCCCUACCGGCGACGUCAUCUCCCGAUCAAUCCACAAUCUCACUUCCGCUAUCUCUCGCCACCGUCCCUGGUCGGAACUUGUCUUUUCCGGCGCUUUCUGCUUCCCGGAGAGAUUCUCCUCUCUCCCCCUCCGAUCUCGGUCGAACUUCCGCUACUUCUCCGUCAACUACUCUCUCAUUAUCGGCACCUGCGCGGCGUUCUCUCUCGUCACAGCCAGUCCCGUCGCGCUAGUCGUCGUCGGAACGAUCAUCGCCUUGUGGCUUCUCCUUCACUUCUUCAGGGAAGACCCUCUUCUUCUCUGGGGGUUUCAGGUCGGUGAUCGGAUGGUGGUGUGUUUCCUGGUCUUAGCUUCCGUUUGGGCCUUGUGGUUUACAAGCUCCGCCGUGAGCUUGGCCGUAGGUGUCAGCGUUGGCUUGCUAUUGUGCACCGUUCACUCAUUAAUUAGGAACUCCGACGAACUUUUCCUUGAGGAAGACGAUGCUAUAACCGGAGGAUUGAUCGGGUCUAAUCGCCGGUGAAAUUUUAUGGAUGUUAAUUAUUUGUUUUUUUUUUUGGCUACCCUUAAAUUAUCAAAAUUUUCCAAAGAGGGCCAUAACUUUUUGUUUGUUUGAUUUCUUGUGAUUUGUAUUGUAAAUUUCUGAGGAUGAUCUGAAAACUGAUUUCUUGUUAUC